AUGGAAAUUGGAUCACCCACACUGCCGCACUGUGACAAUCAUUCUUCAUCUGAUGAAAGUGUUGAUAAUACAAAUUAUGGAGAUUUACAUACCCCUGAUUGUCCUAUCGAAGUGAAACCCUUUGUUGGUCGUAACUUUCCCACAUUGGAGAAGGCAAUUCAGUUUUAUGAAAAUUAUGGUCGACGUGUUGGUUUUGAUACCAUCAAGUGCGGUUCUAAAAAAAUUGAUCAACUCACCAUAUGGUUUUAUAUGGCGUGUAGUAGAGAAGGUGAAAAAAGAGUGCAAGACAAGCAAGCUAAAGGCAGACGUAAAUCCAACAAAUGCGGCUGUAAUGCUAGGGUUGCCUUCAAGUUUGACUCCGAUAGAGGCUACGUAAUCAAUAAUUUGAAUGAAGAACAUAAUCAUCCUAUGGUACUUCCAAACCACCAGAAAUUCAUGAGGCUCAAUCGAGUUCUUGACGAUGUCCACCAAAAAUUUAUUACCGAUUGUGUCGGUUUCAAUAUUGGUCCAUCACUAACAUUUAAAUUGUUGACUGAAUUGAUGGGUGGAUAUGAGUCGGUCGGGUGUACUGUAUUGGACGUUCGCAAUUACACCCAAGGCAUUAGAAGAUAUGCUGAAGGACAUGAUGCUCAGAUGAUAUUAGAUGAGCUAAGGAAGAAGAAGGAAAGUUGUGAUGCCUUCACGUACGAAUAUAAGUUUGUGAAGUGCAUGGGUGGAGCUCCAAAAUUGAUCAUUACUGACCAAGACCUGGGAAUGAAGGUUGCAAUCGAGGAGGUCCUUGUGAACACACGUCAUAGAUGGUGUAUGUGGCACAUCAUGGAAAAAGUUGCUGAGAAGGUCCCAAAAUCAUUGCUUGGUAAUGGAGAUUUUAAGGAGUUAAACUCAUGUGUCUGGUCCGAGUUAAUUGAACCCACCGAGUUUGAAGACACUUGGCAUAAGAUUAUGGAGGAAUAUGAACUUGAAGAUACUGAUUGGUUUUCUACAGUGUUUCGAUCAAGACAGUAUUGGGUUCCAACAUACUUUAGUGACUUUCCUGCUAGUUCUUUGAUAAAGACAACCUAUGUUUCUGAGUCCCAGAAUAGUUUUUUUAAGAGGUAUAGCAAGUCCAAAGCUAACCUUGUUGUGUUCUUAAUGAACUUCAACAAUGCUUUGGAGGCUCAAAGACACAAAACGGCAAAGCUUGAUUAUAUAGAUGUUAAUACCACAUCGACAUUGAAAACACAGUGGCUUAUUGAGAAGUAUGCUUCUACAAUAUUCACUGACAGUGCAUUCAAGGAAAUUCAAGACCAAAUAUUGGAGGCAUACAAUCAUUGCAUUUCUGCCGACAUUGAUCAAACCCAUGAAUUGACUUCUAUACUUCGUGAUGCAAGGCAGCAAAUUUUUUCCGAUGGUGUGGUAUUGUCAGCUACACAAAAGAAGCAGUGUAUUGAGUCUUUUUAUGGUGGGGAGAAAUCCCUUGCUGUUGAAGUUCAUCCUCCUGAAGUUGUGAAGACGAAGGGACAUACAAGUAGGCUCCAACCAAGGUUAGAAAAAGCUAUGCGGCUAAAGAACAAACCUGUGCGCCAAUGCAAGAAAUGCCAUUAG